GCAAUGUGGUUUUCCUCUCAGGGAAGUAUUCAAACCCUGAAUUUUCAGUCUGGCUUGCACAUGCUCUCAGAAGCUAGUAGGAGACAGUUUUCUUUUUAAUGCAGAAAAGAGGACAAGCUUUUACUUAAUCUGCAGAUUGAAUUAUUUGGAAAGAAAAUGAAGAGCGCUGCCAGGCCUUGGAGUGCAGUGGCAAAGCAAGGGAGUCAUGGGGUUGACCGAGCAAAAUCACUCUCCACCACCUCGACAGGAAUGAAGACCUCCAAGUCCUCAACUUCACUUGCCUUUGAAUCUCGGCUCAGCAAGCUGAAGAGGGCAAGCAGUGAUGAUAUGCUUACAAAACCAGGAGUGACAGCAGCUUCUGGAGUCUCUAGAUUGAAGAAAACCAUUACAACAGGAGCAAUUUCUGAGCUUGCUGAGAGUCGACUGAAGCCCAGCACAGGAACACUUUCAACUGCAAAGCGCACAGGGAUUCCAGCGCCUCGGGAAGUAUCAUCAUCUGUCUCCAGAGAGAGAGCCGUAUUACGUGGUCAAGCCAACUCUAGGAAAAGUCAAUCUAGCCCAACCUCUUCUGGUACACCCACUCCUACCAAACACGUACGUCCCACUACCAAGUCCAAGCAAGAGAAUGAAACUGGUGACAGAGCCGUUUUGGAAUCCCAGGUUAAAGAACUCCUGGCAGAAGCAAAGACAAAAGACUCAGAAAUUACCAAGCUCCGGUGUGAGCUGAAGAAAUGCAAAGAGAAAGGGUCACAUAACCCUGAAGGUAUGAGUGCUUCAGACCAAAACUUAGAAACAUUAUCACCUGUUGACAUAGAUCCAUUAAUACGAACCCUUCAGGAAAAAAACAGGACUUUUCAAAAAGAGCUUGCUAGCCUGGGAGAAGAAAACCGAGUUUUGAAAGAGAAGUUGCUUUACCUAGAGAACUCUCCUCUCUCGGACACAACAACAAGCAGUGGAGCUGACAGCAGCCUCCCAACCCCAACCACCCAAGGAUCUAGUUUUGGAAGCCCAUCAAAAAAUGUCUUGAGAGGUGAAACAGAUGAGCACCGGCAGCAUGUGAAUGGGGCUGCUCUGCGCAAUUCAGGUUCUUCCAGCAGUGACGUAACCAAAGCUUCCUUGUCACCUGAUGCAUCUGAUUUUGAGCAUAUAGCAGAUAUACCUUCUAGGCCGACAUCCUCCAAUAGCAACAACUUCAAAGGUUCCAGAUGUUCCACUACAGGAAGUUCUCCAAACAAUAUUAGUGACCUUUCUGUUGCAUCUCUUACAGAGAGAAUACAAAAAAUGGAGGAGAACCACCAUAGCACAGCAGAAGAAUUACAAGCCACUUUGCAGGAGCUCUCAGAUCAACAGCAAAUGGUGCAGGAGCUGACAGCAGAAAAUGAGAAGCUAGUGGAAGAGAAAGCUCUCCUGGAGACUUCCUUUCGUCAACACAGAGAUAGAGCAGAACAGCUGAGUCAAGAAAAUGAAAAGCUAAUGACUCUUCUCCAAGAGAGAUCCAAGAAUGAAGAAAGCAAAGCUCAGGAGGGGAAGAUCCUUGAACUGGAACAGAAAUGUGCAGAAGUUCUUGAAAAAGCACAAUUUGAAAGAGAGAAAUUGCUCAACAUUCAGCAACAGUUAACCAGCAGCCUACGGAGCUUAGAAAGGGAGCACCAAGAUGCCCAGCAGGUGAUUAAAGGCCUGAGAGAAGAAAAUGAAAAGCUGGUUAAACUUCUAGAAGUGGAACAGCAGAGCAGCAGCACAGUGGCCAAAACUCUAGAGGACUGUAAAAUUACCUUAGAAGGCCUAAAAAUUGAGAAUGGGUCACUCAAAACUCAGUUAGAAAGUGAGAAACAAAAGGCUGCGGGGAUCAGUGCAAUGGGAUGUACUACUGACAGCUCUGAGAUGCAAGAGAUGUUGAAAGUAGCCCAUGCAGAAAAGGAUCAGUUAGAAGUAUCUUGUACUGAGCUUAAACAAGAACUGCUGAAGGCAAACAGUGAACUGAAGCAUGUUCAGGGUCUGCUGUCUAAGGCUGAGAAUGAGUGUGGUCAACUGAAGGAGAUAUGUGACCGGCAGGCUGAGCAACUGAGCAGAACUAGCCAGAAGUUGCAGGAAAAAACAUCAGAGAAUGAAGCAGAUAUAAAAAACCUGAAGGAGACCAUUUUCGAAUUGGAGGACCAGGUGGAACAGCAUCGUGCUAUAAAACUGCACAACAACCAGCUCAUCAGUGACCUAGAGAGUAGAGCAAUGAAGCUAGAAGAGCAAAAACAGGAUACAGAGAGGCAGCUGAAGGCUCUGACUAAGCAAAUGAAGGAAGAUACAGAAGAGUGGAGGCGUUUUCAAGCUGAUCUGCAGACUGCAGUGGUUGUAGCCAAUGAUAUUAAGUGUGAAGCCCAGCAGGAGCUGCGUGUGGUAAAGAGGAAACUUCAGGAGGAAGAGGAGAAGACUGCCAGACUGCAGAAGGAGCUGGAUGAAGUGAAGGGCAGUAACAGGCUGACAGCUGAGGAGGUAGAAUCCCUAGAAGCAGAUACGACCAGCCGCUGGCAAGGAGUCUUUAUUAGCAGAGCACCUCCUUCACCAUCAGAAUCUGCAGCCACUGUGAAGUCACUGAUCAAAUCAUUUGACUUAGGAUGCCCAGGUAGCACUGGACAGAAUAUCCCUGUUCACAAGGUCCCCAGGAGCCCUCUAAGUGGAAUUCCUGUGAGGACAGCCCCGGCAGCUGCUGUUUCCCCCAUGCAGAGACAUUCUGUUUAUAAUAAUGGAAAAACAGCCAGCAAAGGAGUUGCCAGACACACAGAUCUUUCAGACCUUCCUCUUGCAGACCUUCUGAAGGGGAGAAAUGAAGAGCUGAAACCAGACCAUUACCUCCGCAAAAGCCCUUCCCUGGAAUCCCUGAGCAAACCCCCUGUGGCCUUCAGCAGCAGAAUGCUUGCUUCCACCCCCAGCAGCUUGAAACCCCAAAGCAAACUCAGUGUGGAAAGAAAGGACCCAUUGGCAGCCCUGGCCCGGGAGUAUGGUGGUUCAAAGAGGAAUGCUCUGUUGAAGUGGUGCCAGAAGAAGACAGAAGGUUACCAGAAUAUUGAUAUCACCAACUUCAGCAGCAGCUGGAGUGAUGGGCUGGCCUUUUGUGCUCUCCUGCACACGUAUUUGCCUGCACACAUUCCUUACCAGGAGCUCAACAGCCAGGAUAAAAAAAGAAAUCUGCUGUUAGCAUUUCAAGCUGCUGAAAGUGUAGGCAUCAAACCCAGUCUGGAACUCAGUGAGAUGAUGUACACAGACCGGCCAGACUGGCAGAGUGUGAUGCAGUACGUCGCCCAGAUUUACAAGUACUUUGAGACCUGAGAUGCAGAGCAAGAGGUGGACAGAAGUGGGGAGAGACUGAAGAAUGCCACAGAUGCACUCAAUCACUUUAAAAAUCCCCUUGCUCCUCUUCUACAGCCAACCUAAGUUCUUAGUCUGAAAGAAAGCUCUUCCAUAAUUUUGGUUACAUCUGGGACUACAACCAAAUAAGUAUCCAUUGUCCACCUAUACAGACCAAAUUCAUCUGUAAUUUUAUUCCUACAUAGAAAUUGCAAAGCAUUUUCUACCUGGUCUGGGAUAUUUCUGAAGAGGAUCCCUUGUGCUAAAAUACGUUUGCCUCAAACCAGACUCUGCCAAUAGGAGACCGGCCACAAAAUGAAGUAUUAAAUCAAUGUGGACUAAUGCUGGCACUCAAGGGAGGCUGGGAGAUUAAUACUAAUACAAAAGCCCACAAAAAUGCUCUUCUUGCCAAAACAUGCUUAACUCAUCUCAAAUGUACAUUGCUUUCUUGCCUUCAUGCAUUUUGUAAGAUGCACAUAAGUGUAUAGACCUUAAACUGAGUUGUUCUGACACAUCUGACCCAAGAAGCAUACUAAUUUGCUUGUCAUAGCUUAUCUAGCAGAAUAGUAACGGGAUCAUUUGUCACUUGGAAAUCAUGCUCUGUUCCAUCACUAGUUAGUAACAGAACUUUAAAGAUACUGCUAGGUGCUGGGACUCCAUUUCAGAUCAAACGGAAGUAAUCUCUUUGAGAAAAAUAGCUUUAUUACUACGGCUUCAUUACUACAGGAAGCCAGAGCCCUGUUUCCCAGCUGACUGUGCAGGCACAGUUAUCAUGCAAAUGCAACUUACUAGCUUUAUUUUACACAGUGCCAGUAAUCAGGUGGUGACUCUUUAAGCAAUACAGUGACAUCUCAGUGCUUCAUAUUUUUGUGGAUUAAGUGGAGUAACUCUUUCUUCUGUGUUGAUCCUGAAUAAUCAGCAGAGUUACGUAGCUGCUGUGUAGAUGCGUGAAUCUUGAGACAGCUUGUGCCCUUCUAUGUUUAGAAGUGAUAAUAUCCUGUAAAAGAACACAGUAAUACAUUAAUAUCGAUGGAAGAUGCAACUUCACUCCACAACUUAACAAAGAAUGUAACUGGAACACCUCUCUGUGUCAUGGAAAUCUUUAAGAUGCCACAGAAUAGAUUUUCAGCUCACCAAUGCUGUUAGUAAAACAUCUGAAAGGUACUGUUUAAUUUACAGUUACACCAUCUCUCUUAUUUCACCCUGUGAAGUUAAAUUUUCUCUUUGUCUCCAGUGGUAGCAGGAUCAAACAGCCUGUUUAACUUGUUCUAGAAUCAGGUCUCAGAGAGCGUUCUUUGUAUAGCAUCUCACAGAAGGCUGCCUAGCUGCUUUAGAUUAUGCUGAUGGAAGAAAGAAGUUGUUUAGUUAGUAUGUUUAACCCUGUGACCCAGACCUGAUGCUUUGUGCAUGUUAAUCAUAGACAGCUAGGGAUCAUUUCUCUCUUACAAAAGAUAAUAGUAUGUGUUCACGGCUCUUAAUUCCUGAAAAGAGGCUAAUGAAAUAGAAACAGGUGCUUUCAUAGAAGAAACUUGGUGUUUCAGGUUUUCAGAGGCUUUGCAAGUGGCUGAUCUUAGCCUCUGGCUUUCCCAAAGUGCUUUGGUUUCUUGAUACGAUUUAAUUAGUAACCAGCCUAUUUCAGGCUUUGGCAUUUUCACAACAAAAUACAGGGUUAGGGGAUAGAUGACAGUGGCCAAGGUCAGUGAGUAUACUGAACAGAAAGGGAGCGAGAGGAAUGCAGUGCAUGCCUGUUUCACAAAAGGAGAAAAGCCUCAUUUGCUCUGAGUUCUAGUCUGCCAUUUGUUCUAAUCCAUCAUGCCCGGGAAAGUCUGAUUCCAAUCUUUGGAGAGUUCUUGUGAUAAAAAGAGACAGUGGCAUGCACUUAACAGUGCCCUCGCACUCUUUAGUGUCAUCCUAUACUGUGGGAAAGUAGUUGUAAAUGCUGGCCAGAGAUCUUUCCUUGCAAGAGAGUGCUUUCUAGAUUAAAUUAACACUCCAGUAUUUUUCAGCAUACACUUCAACAUCCCUAGAGAACAUAGGAUGAGUUGCUUUAAGUGUUCUCAGAUAUAAGUCUCCAGUUAUGUGAUAAGAUGAAAGAGAAAAAUAGCUGCUGAGCAGAGUUCAUUUAGGAAGGGAGUCACUGCAGAGCUCCAUUGCCUUGCGAACGCAGCAGGCUCUUUUCCCUUGAGGUAUCUGUUGGCAGAGAUCCCAAGUCUCUCCAAUCUCUCCAAUGGGCUGUAGUUCAAAGUCUAGUGAAGUCAACACAGAAAAUUCCAUAUUCCUCAGUAGGCUUUGGAUCAGGCACUUGAAGGGAUGAGAAAAACUGUUUUCAUUCCCAGAGUCUGGAAAACAUUUCAAAGUCAGAGGGCUCCACAUGAUCUGAAAAAGAAAGAUACUCUUAACCCCCUGGUCACUGGAAGUGUAUGUGCUCCAUGUGACUGUGCAGAUAUAUGCUAAAUACAUGUGUUACCUAAUGUGUCAGUAUCAUUUGCUUCAAGCUCUGUUCUGACAUUUAUUCUAAUCUAUUUCUUCAAGACUUAUUCUAGCCUUAUAAGCAAACCAUUCCACCACUUCAUCUUGUGGCUAUUUUUUCUUCAAAUCAAUUUUCCAAAUAAGUGUUUCUGUCAUCUCUUCUCAGCUUAUUUACCCAGGCCCCAAUAGCAUAGACCAAGCACUAGGAGAAGGCAAGGUUUAGGCCUGGAUCAGGAACAAUAUUCUAAUAAUUUAUCCUUUAAACUCAUCUGGGAGUUAGAACAAGGAGCUGUCUGUCAGUAGAGGAGAACAUGCUGAGUUUCACCUUUUGCCCAAUGUUACCUUUUAGUCUUGAAAAGCUGUAAAACAUCUCACUUUGAAAUGCUGAUACUUUGUGAUUAAGAAAUGCUUUUCCCGGUAAUUUUGACUUGGUUUGAGAUGAAGAAUUUUGUUUGUUUGUUAGUUAACUGUUCUAAUAUUGCAUAUUUUUUCUUCCUUUGGAACCUUGCACAGACCUAGACCUUGGAAUCUAGACCUAGAUUUUCAGAAAUGACUCUUGUUUUUGGAUGCUGCCUAAGAAUUUGAAUGUGCCAUACAGGAUGGUGAAGACCAGCCUGAUUUUCAGAAAAUACCAAGUGUCUUCAUGACUGUGUAAGAAAUCUCAAGUUGAACUGCAAAACCGAAGGUCUAUCUGCCUUUAAAAUUAGUGUGUUUGUUAAUUAAGGUAAGGUACAGGGUAUAGGGAUAGCCUUUGUAGAAGUUUUGAGAAUCCUCUGAAAAUGUCCUAGAAUAGAAUAUGUGAAGUUACGAUGUGGGAUAAUGGACUGUAUCAACAACAGUUUGCCUGAACUGCCUAAAUCCUUUCUGACUUUGCCUCUUAAGAGUAAUGAAUCUUUCACAGAUGCAAGCAGAUGAAAUCUCUGUGCCAUGUCACCAUGUGCUCCCUAAACACACCGUAACGCUUACACAUACACGCACACACUUGUAUGUAUGCACUUGGGUAGUUUGUCGGAUUGCAAGGAAUUAAAAGACUGAUUUUGGUUGAGCACGUGAGAAGAAUGGGAAGGAUGGAAAUUUCAGUGACGUUCCGAGGUGGGAUACCGCAUUGUGUGACUGUUGUACAAUAGCUGUUGGGGAGGAAGGGAGAUUAAAAUUUUGAAAAGUAUAUGAUCUAACUCCCAAAAUUGCUAGUGAGUCAUAGAAGGUACAAAUUGUUUCAUAGCUUGGGAAAGUACAGAGGAGUUGAGAAGUGAGCCCGGGGCCUGAGCCCUCUAAGAAGGUUUUCUAGUAAGGCUGGUGAGCUGUCUCUGACAGCAUGCAAGGAAACUGAAUGGAGUGCAAGUCCAGCGUAUGAAGAGGGGCAUGUGUACCUGGGUCUUUGUGAACCAGAAAGGAAUGCAGAUGACUUUAGGCCUUCUGCUUGACAGUCCUUACUGACAUCACCAUCUUGAGUGACAUUUCUCCUAAGAGUGCAGCCUGGGGUGGUUCUCAGAAGGUGAGGAGUAAAGAGAAUGCAGAGCUCAAUAUCUUUGCCAGGUUCCCAUUCCUGUGCCUGUGCUAUUCAAGGAAAUGCAAAGGGGGCCAAAUAGUUCACUGCUUUUCCUGUACUGCAGCAAGGCAGCAGUACUAAGCAGAACAAAUCAAUCUUGUGUCUUGUUUAGCAGGCUGAUGUUUGGACUUAUCCAGACUCUCCAGUUUCCUCACAAGGAGACAAAUUUUCCUCUUUGAGUUUUAAGUUUUCUCUUCGUAAUUCGAAAUUGCUUUUUUUCAGGUUUUCUCUAUGCUUUUUGUUGUUUUAUGUGUGCGACUGGUAUGUGCAAGGUUUCUCUCCAAACCAAACAGGUACACACUGGCAAAAUGCUUGGUUCUUCUCUGUUUGAUUUCUGACCUGGAACUCUUCAAAAUCUAGCUUUUGGCUUCAUUGGCUUUCCUUUCCCACUUCCUUGACAAUGAAAAUAUGAGAGUGUUUGUUCAUCUAAUGAUAGUGUGUACCUCCCUUGUCUUUCUCAGCUUAUGGUACCAGGACUUCCAUCCAGAAGUAUCUGACGGGGCCAGCUGUUUGCAAAGCUGUGCCUUGCAUAUCUGAUAAAAUGCAGAGUCUGUAUGGAUGAGAUGAUUAUGCCUUUUCCUGUCAGAAGAGGGCUUUAGCCUAAGAAGACUCAGGGCACUGAGCGUUAAGAUAUUUUUAAACCCAGCAAUAACUUCUACUUUGCUAGACUAUAUUGGUUUUUACCAACUCCAGUGCCAUUUAGACUCAGCCAACACUAUUGAGUAGGAUCAAGCUUGAGCUUGUAACUUAACCACAACUGACAUUUUUCAUAACUGAUGGUCUCUACAUUUUUAACUUGCACAUGUGCCAAGUUCCACUGGGCAGUGCUGGACACAGUGUUUUUAUUGAUUAUUGGUUCAGCUUUGAAUUUGUCAAAUGGGGUAAUCCUCUCUAACAGUCAAGUACUUUUAGCUUUCUCUAUUGGAUACAGAUGUUACAUCGUAAUUAAUUUAUACAAAGAGCACAUUAGAAUGUAUAUACUAGGCAUUGCCAGAUUUGGACAUGCUAAUAUUUAAAGAUUAACAUUAUUAAAAUGUAUGAUGCUAAAA